AUGAGUGGGCCCACUGCUGAAUCAUAUCAAGUCUAUGUGGAAUCAUCCCACUCGAGAAAUCUGAACUGGGCUCUGAAGAGAAGAGUUGCAAAAAGAGAUAGAUGUCGAUGCUGUCUGACCGGAGUGCGAUGUAGAUUUUGGGGCAAUUGGAAUGUGUUUCCCAUUAUUCCUCCGACCGCACUUUGCAUGAAGGAACCAAGGUUAUUUGAUAUGCUUGGUGCAUUUACUACAUCUUUCCACCAAGACCUGCUCAAAGACAAAACACUAGAGAAUCAGAUUCGUAAUCAUUGGAUUUUGAGCGAGGAUGCGGCAAUGCCCCUUUCGAGAGGGGUGAUAAGACUAAAAAAGCUGGAAGGAGCAAAUUACAGCAUCCUGUAUAACAAUAUUGGCGGCAAUGUUCCGGCGAUGUAUACGCACAACCAACAAGUCAAGUGGAAAUGUGAUCUAGUUGAUCACUCAAACUCUGGAAUUGAGAGUCCUGACCCUUAUCUUCUCGAUAUACAGUCUCGGCUCUCCAAAGCUCUAAAGUGGGUUGAAGUUGAUACGAAGAUAAAAGGCCGCCCAUCCUUACGCCGAAGUCAAAACACAAGCAGCAGUGCUUUCAGAGAAUCGAUCACUACUACUUUUCUCGUUAUGUGGUCUAAGUUCCCUGAAUUCAUUCGAUUCAAGACCUACCGAUUUUUGAGAACUGUUGGAUCAUAUCUCUAUGGGUCUACCACGAGAGAAGUUCAGAGGCUACCAUUCGGAAUGUACCUCAAAUAUGGUCCAGAAUACGACGCUGAACAUCACACCGGAGAACUCAACGCUCCGAAAACUGUGCGAAGUCGGACUUCUAUCCCUGUUCCAAAUCCCAUAGAUCUCUUAGUCUCACCCACUGAGUCCUUCUUGUGA